GUCUUGUUGAAAAGCAAAAGCAAAAGCAAAAGUCGGUUUGCUGAAGAUCGCGAUGCUGCAAUCUAGCUGAAAUGUGGGUGAGGCUGGCGCAGCUUUGACUUUUAUCAGGACCGAUGAGCAGGUUUACCACCUGCCGAUGAUAUAGGUGCCCUAGCUUCCAGAGUCGGAGGAAAGCAAGUUUUAGAGAGGCGUACAAUGCAACAGCGAGUGCUUCAUCAGCGUCCCACGCAAUGCAGCGGCACAAGUCAGAGCGCGUGCGCGUCGCCGCUCUCCUGGGCGGCUGUAUCAUCUCAUCGUGCAUUCUCAUGCUGUUGCUUCGGGACCGGCCGUCUGCUCUUCGUUCAUCACAGAACAAAGGCCUGAGUUCAGACCUGUGCCACAAGGGUGCUCUGUGCCAUGGAGGGAAACCCUUGCCAGUAUCUGUGAUGCAAUCCAGAGUGGAGGAUUGGGAGUGCAGCUCUUCGCUUGAGUCUUCCAGAAGAACAGGGAUGCGGUCAGACAAGUACAUCAUCGCCGCCGACAUCAACGAACAGUUGACGAAAGCGUCCCGCCACUUUGCGGAGCUGCUGGCGCUUGCACUGGAGCUCAAGCGCACAAUCGUCCUUCCAGACUCGGGCGAGGGGGAGUUUGGCAUGCAGCGCCCUGCCCCUUUUUGUCAGUACUUCGACUCUGAGAAGCUCGGGGAAUACGUGGACUGGGUCACGCUCGAACAGUUUGUCUACGAGACGCGAAAACGGCAGGGCGCGGAGAUCGAGAAGGAGGAUGCCACACGUGCCGUGGCGGAGAUGAGACGGACAGCUUUCUUUCUGGCGUUCAACGAAACGCACCCAGUGACGAACUACCCGGACUAUUUCGAGGGGCUUGCGAACGAGGAGUGGAAGCAACUAGGCGCGGGGAGGAAGCCGUCGGGGGCGGCGCUGGUGCUGAGGCGGCGGGAGGACUUUUGCGGGAUGCGAGUGAGGCCGUGGCUAUGGUAUCGGAUGUCGCAGCUAGCGGACGUCGAUCGGGUGGUGUGCGUUGACGAGCCCAAGUACGACGGGAUCGACGAAAAGGAAGCGUUUCGGAGAGUGGUGGACGAGGUGCGGGCGCUCAAGGAUCCGGACGUGCUGUUUGUAGUGAAGAGCCGUGCAUUUGACGCGUUUGCGCCCAAGGAGCUGAUCGAGAAGGGGCUGGAGUACCUGGAAGUUACGCCCAAGGUCCCUCAGCAUGCGGCAAAGCUGAAGCAGUGGCUUGGCGGGCCUUACAUCGCCCUGCAAUGGCGCGUGGAGAAGUGCAUCGAACGGGAGGACUGCGAUAUGGACCUCCUGCUUCGGUGUGCACAGGGUGCGGUGACGGCCGCCCGCGCCAAGCUGCGCGAGUUGAACCUCUCGCGCGUCUUCUUCGCGACCGACGUCCCGACUGCGUCCGGCGAGAUGCGCUCCCACUCCUACCGCCAGCACGGCCCCGCGCGCAUCCAGCAGGCAUCCGACGCCGCCGCUUAUAUCGAGCAACGGAUCGACACGUUCACCUGGGAGGACUUCGACGGGACGGUCACGAAGAUCGACUCGGCGCUGCAGGGCGCGCUCGACACCGCGCUGUGCCUCGACGCGGCCGCGUUUCUAACCGCACCCCAGGAGUGCGUCGGGACGUAUAGCUGGUACGUUAGUAACAUCAGGAGUCAGCGGGAGAAGGCGGGGAAGGGGGAGCAGGCCAUGAUGACGUGGACCGUGCCGAAGACGCUUGAACCGGACCAGAAUGGAGAGAAGGUUCCGGUGCUUGUAACGGAAGUAAGGAGCGAAACGGGGAAGCCGUUAGUGUGGGCCGCGGGGGCUGCCACUGGUGGCAGCUGGCUCUUGCUCACUUGGUACCUGUUUAGGCGACGGUCGAUCAGUGAGAAAGCGCUGAGCCAACGGUAGAUAUGUCGCGGAGAGAUCUUGUUGAAGGAAGACUGUGAGCGGCCUGCGGACCGUAAUUAAGCGAACGGUUUGCUUGGCGGGCCGUUCUGCGGGUGACCCUGUGGAGGGACUAUGAACCCCUCAGCAGACGCCACUGUUAGGACUGCUCACCACCAGUUACUAAAGGGACAUUUACUAAAUACGUAGAGUUGGAAAGUGGGUAUCUUCACUGGCAGAAAACGUGCCCUCAACGCCAAAGGGCUGUAAGAGAGAAGCACGAGCUUUUCCGCACUGGUUGUUGCGCAUCUGAACUUGAUUGUGACUUCCUAAACGAGAUCAGAUUAAGGAAUUUAAGCUGAUCGACUUUCCCUUCCAUUGACGAGUAAUGACAUGGAUAGGGUAGCGGCUAUUGAAUAUGUUUGUUAGGGCUUGACAGGCGCCGCAGCUAGGUAUUAGAGACGAAGUCGAGCCCGCCAUCUGAGCACAUUCUCAGUGCUGGGGCACCAGAGAGUACUUUUACAACCGAGCGCGCUGUUCUGGUAGCAUCGCAGUCGAACGUCAAGGGUUCCCUCCUAAAGACGACAUGUAGCUUGCAUAGAACUUAGAGUCUUAGCUGGACACUAGGCGACCCGAGCUCAGCUCUUCGAAACACCGAAAAAGACUGCACACGAGCUCAAAUAUUUCAGGCAGUGACUCAACAUGACAAUGCUUGAGCAGCUAGUUUAGCGACGUGGUCAUACGGAGUUGCGUUCGUACGUGAGUGAUCUCUUGCACGAAGUUCGGGGUUGAAACAUAACGAGC